AUGGAUUCUCUGAGCAAAUCCCCAGUUUGUACUGGGUUCUUCGGCAAUGGAAGAGCAAACGAUUUUACUUUUCCUUAUGUGUACUCAAGGCCUGUACUACAUGCUGCCUUCGAAGAAGGCAUCUUGAUCCACUCACAGAUCCUCAAAGAUGGAUUCAACAAGAAUAUUUAUAUCGCCAAUUCUCUAAUAGAUAUGUAUUCAAGAUUUGGGUAUCUGCAAUCUACCUGUGAAAUAUUUGAUGAAAUGCCAAAACAAAAUUUGGUUUUCCUGGAAUUACAUAAUUUCUGGGUUGUUCUUCCUUCCUGCGGGCAAUUGGGUACACUUCAUCUUGGAAAAUCUGUCCAUGGCCAUGUUCUUGUUUCAAGUUUGUCUUCCAAGACGAUAUUCGCUACCGCCAUUAUGGAUAUAUAUGUGAAAUGUGGUAGUUUGGGUGUUGCUGAGAGACUCUUCAACGAGAUUCCAUGUAAGGAUGUGAUAACUUGGAAUGUCUUUGAAGACAUCGCGAUCAAACCGAUCAAAUAUAUAGAUGAAGCAUCUUGGAGUAGACAGGGAGGGACUCUUAAGAGAACUUUCAUGAGAUGA